GUUAUCUAUUAGUUUUGAGUGUUUUGACCACGGAUAUCUAUAGUAUCUAUAUCCGUGGUUUUGACUUUCAAGGUUAACAAAUUUUAACAAAUUGAAGUUUAAAAGUUCUUCGAAAGCUGCAGCCUGGAGAGUGCAAGCUGACAACCGAAUAGGUCACCUCAGCCCGAUCAAAGUUCACAAACAAUUAUUUGCUCUCGCCGUUCAACAAAACAGUUUUUUCAUUUUAAAAUUCUCAACAACUUGCUGUGAAAUGGCCCAAAAAACCGCUUUAUUCAUUGUAGCAGAAGGUAGUGAAGAACUUGAAUUAGUUGCACCCGUCGACAUCCUUCGCCGUGCUAAUGUGGCUGUUACAAUUGCUGAUGUAGCUGAUUCUGAAUAUGUGAAGACUAAAUCAAAUCUACUGAUUAAAACUGAUGCUAAAUUGGGAGAUGUAAAAAAUAAAAUAUUUGAUGCUGUUGUUAUACCCGGUGGUCCAUCAUAUAAGACAUUAGCCUCAGCUGAUGUAGUUGGACAAAUUUUACUUGCACAUGAAAAAUCUGAUAAAGUCAUUUCUGCUAUUUGUGCUGCUCCAUUUGUGUUAUUCAAACACGGAAUUGCUAAAGGAAAAUCAUUGACAUCUUAUCCAACUGUUAAGAGUGAAAUAGAGGGUUCUUACCAAUACAAAGAAGAGAGUACAGUAGUUGAUGGAAAUUUGGUUACCAGUCGUGGACCUGCUACAGCUGUUGAAUUUGGAUUAACUCUAGUAGAAGUAUUGCUUGGUAAUGAAGAAAAAGACAAAGUUGCUAAAGGCAUUCUUUAUCCUCUUUAAAAUAUGAUUAUUUUUUUUUCAAUAACUGUAUAAAGAGAAAAAAUAAAACUGAACAGAAAGCUA